GGAAAAAGUGAGUGUGGUCGCAAAUGCGAGCCGGCAUGUUGAACUUUCUUUUCUAACAUGUUUCUCGCGGUCCGCCUAACCUUCACUUUAGCUUUGUCCUUAAUUCGUAUUUUAAGGUGAAGAAUAAAGUCCGUCCUUCGUCCAUCUGGAUCUUUCGGUUGGCAUCCUUCUGCUUCGGAGCGCAAGAAGACGACAAGACGAUGAUCCUGGCUGUUGCUUCUCGAUGUCCUCAUUGUCUCCACCCCAUCAUCAUCCACUCCUCGUUUGUUGAUCAUCAUCAGUAGUGUUUGAAUAGAACAAUGUCAAUUUUGUCUUAUAAUGGAGGCGCCAUGGUGGCCAUGGCUGGCAAAGACUGUGUCGGAAUUGCCGCGGAUCGUCGUUUGGGUGUUCAAUUGACGACUCUGGCGACGGAUUUCCAAAAGGUCUUUCAAUUGAACGACAAGUUGUUUGUGGGUUUGGCCGGAUUGGCGACGGACGUGCAAACACUGCAUCAAGAAUUGCAAUUCCGAUUAGGCUUGUACAAAUUGAAGGAAGAACGAGAAAUGACACCGCAGGUCUUUUCGCAUUUGUUGUCGCAACUCUUGUACGAAAAACGCUUUGGUCCCUACUUUAUCGAACCCAUUGUGGCUGGAUUGGACGCCAAAGGGAAACCGUUCUUGUCGGGAAUGGACUUGAUUGGAGCCACCAUGACGGCCGAAGACUUUGUCGUGUCGGGAACUUGUACGGGCAAUUUGCACGGCAUGUGCGAAUCGCUCUACAAACCCGAUAUGGAUCCCGAUACGCUCUUUGAGACACUGGCACAAUCACUCCUCAGUGCCGUCGAUAGAGAUGCCAUUUCUGGUUGGGGAGGAGUCGUCCAUAUCAUUACCAAAGAUGGUGUCACCACCAAGGAACUCAAGGGACGUCAAGAUUAGAUCAAACAAAACACAAAAACAAAAAGAAUGGAGGAAGGAUUGGAAGAGGAGAAGAAUGGUAUGGAUCAGAUAUGGAUCAAACUCAAAAGAAAGCAAAAAACAAUGUACCUAACUAUAACAACGAUCAGAUCAUG